AUGUUCUUGGUGGAAGUGCCGGAAUCGGAUCUUUACUAUGUUCAAUUCUCCACGAAUCUGGAACCAACUCGUCAUGUGCUUCUGCCAAAUCAAUAUCUCCAAUACGUGGCAUCCCGAAAGUCACAAGUUUCGUACGAGAUCCAUCGAUACCAUAGGUUUUUGCCACGUGUCAACCCCAACCUGAUCACUGUCAUCACCAUGAACCGUCUUGCUGUGAGAGCUGUUUGGCAUGUUGUGCCUGUUGUUUGUGUUUCAGUUGGUUGUGUUCAUGUUUAG